GAGGCCCUGGGCCGGCGGGCAGGACGCUGUUCUCGCUGUACGCGGAGACCCCGCCCGGAUGCCAGGUGCUCGUGGUGGGUUCUACCCCGGAGUUGGGCGUCUGGGAGCCCGCUGGCGGACUGCGGCUCAAGACGAGCCCCGACGCCUACCCGCGCUGGACCGCGGCCGAGGUGCUGCAGCGCGCG